AUGAACGUAGAUUGUUCACAGGGCAGGGACUUAGACUUCUUCACAUCACCGAAUAAGUCUGGGGCUACAGAAUCACCAAAGGCAGUGAAGCAGGAGAAAAGGAAAGUAAGGGCAGGCCUGGUGAAGGCGCUUUUCGCCACCUUCGGGUGGCGCGUGUUUAUCGCCGGUCUCUUCAAAUUAGGCCACGACAUCUGUCUCCUCUGUGGACCUAUCAUCUUCAAACGCUUGCUGAACUUCCUGCAGCCGGAAUCGACGGAACCAAUGUGGCAUGGCUACGUAUACGCCUUCUUGAUGUUCCUCACCGCCUUUAUACAAUCUCUCAUGUUGCAUCAGUACUUUCGCAAGCAGACUCUUGUCGGCAUGGAUAUGCGCACUGUCGUCAUCUCCGCUGUCUAUCGAAAGAGCUUGCGGCUGAGCGCUGCAGCGCGUUGUGAGUCAACGACGGGUGAGAUCACCAAUCUCAUGUCAUUAGAUGCGUAUCGAUUCUUCAUGCUCAUGCUUAACUUCCACAUCUUCUGGUCGGGACCCUUACAAGUCACCGUGGCAAUCUACCUGCUCUGGAAGGAGCUUGGUCCCUCCGUUCUUGCCGGAGUCGCACUCCUCCUCGUCAUGAUACCCAUCAAUACCAUGGUGGCGAAGAAGAGCAAAGUCCUGCAGGAAAAACAAUUGAAGACCACAGACAAACGCAUCAAACUGAUCAGUGAAAUUCUCAACGGUAUAAGAGUCUUGAAGCUCUACGCAUGGGAACCUUCCUUCAUCCAGGAAGUGGGAUCGAUUCGGGAAAAGGAGCUCUCAUACCUGAGAAAAUUCCUCUACCUCGAUUGCAGCAUCACCUUCGUCUUCACCUGCAUUCCCACGUUGGUCGCCCUAGCAACCUUCGCCACUUACAUUCUAUCCUCACCGGAAAACUUCUUUACUGCUGAAAAAGCCUUCGUUUCACUCUCCCUGCUGAAUAUUCUCCGCUUUCCCCUCUUCAUGUUUCCCACUCUCCUCUCAAACCUCGUUCAGGCCUACGUGUCGGUGCGUCGAGUGACCAAGUUUCUGGUAAACACGGAGCUGGAUCCUGUUGCAGUGAGCCAUGAAGACACCCCAGGUGUAGCAGCGGUAAUCGAAAAUGGCACUCUCGCCUGGGGAUCAGACUCUGAACCUGCGCUACAAAAAACAAAGUUGCAUCGAAAGGGUUUCGUUUAUGAACAAGUGAAGUGGAAAAUUAAUGUUGUGAAGUUCAUUGACAUGCUAAUGUAUGCGGACGGGACCCAGGAGCUAAGCGACUUCCGCGAAUUCCCCCCUUCGCCCUCGGUUGAUUUCACAUCACCGAAUAAGUCUGGGGCUACAGAAUCACCAAAGGCAGUGAAGCAGGAGAAAAGGAAAGUAAGGGCAGGCCUGGUGAAGGCGCUUUUCGCCACCUUCGGGUGGCGCGUGUUUAUCGCCGGUCUCUUCAAAUUAGGCCACGACAUCUGUCUCCUCUGUGGACCUAUCAUCUUCAAACGCUUGCUGAACUUCCUGCAGCCGGAAUCGACGGAACCAAUGUGGCAUGGCUACGUAUACGCCUUCUUGAUGUUCCUCACCGCCUUUAUACAAUCUCUCAUGUUGCAUCAGUACUUUCGCAAGCAGACUCUUGUCGGCAUGGAUAUGCGCACUGUCGUCAUCUCCGCUGUCUAUCGAAAGAGCUUGCGGCUGAGCGCUGCAGCGCGUUGUGAGUCAACGACGGGUGAGAUCACCAAUCUCAUGUCAUUAGAUGCGUAUCGAUUCUUCAUGCUCAUGCUUAACUUCCACAUCUUCUGGUCGGGACCCUUACAAGUCACCGUGGCAAUCUACCUGCUCUGGAAGGAGCUUGGUCCCUCCGUUCUUGCCGGAGUCGCACUCCUCCUCGUCAUGAUACCCAUCAAUACCAUGGUGGCGAAGAAGAGCAAAGUCCUGCAGGAAAAACAAUUGAAGACCACAGACAAACGCAUCAAACUGAUCAGUGAAAUUCUCAACGGUAUAAGAGUCUUGAAGCUCUACGCAUGGGAACCUUCCUUCAUCCAGGAAGUGGGAUCGAUUCGGGAAAAGGAGCUCUCAUACCUGAGAAAAUUCCUCUACCUCGAUUGCAGCAUCACCUUCGUCUUCACCUGCAUUCCCACGUUGGUCGCCCUAGCAACCUUCGCCACUUACAUUCUAUCCUCACCGGAAAACUUCUUUACUGCUGAAAAAGCCUUCGUUUCACUCUCCCUGCUGAAUAUUCUCCGCUUUCCCCUCUUCAUGUUUCCCACUCUCCUCUCAAACCUCGUUCAGGCCUACGUGUCGGUGCGUCGAGUGACCAAGUUUCUGGUAAACACGGAGCUGGAUCCUGUUGCAGUGAGCCAUGAAGACACCCCAGGUGUAGCAGCGGUAAUCGAAAAUGGCACUCUCGCCUGGGGAUCAGACUCUGAACCUGCGCUACAAAAGUAA